GUUAGUCUAGCUCUCUCAGAGCAGAGAGACGUAGACGGUUACAUGUGUUUCGCUUGCUUCGUCUUGUGUUAAAAUAUUGUUGAAAAUGCAUCGCAUUUACGUAAUAAACAAGAACUCGGUGCUACAACGAUGUUACUAGACGUUGCAAAUCAAAGAAAAAAGAAUCUACGGUGUCGAUACGACGAAUAAGAAGAAACAUUAGGGCGUACGGGUAUAACCAUAAAAGAAGAUAAGUUCCUCCCGGUAUUCUACUACUUUUCUUCUACUUAAAAUUGUCUCAGCACGUGUGGUACGUACUUAUUUGCUUGAUCAACGUCUAUUCUCUUUUCAUUGAUACGAAAAGUACCCAAAGACGAUUAAAUGGAAAGAAGAAAAAACUAUUUUUCAUCGUAAUCGUGUAAUCCAAAUUACAAGAGAUCGUGGUAAUAUUUUAGACCUCGUGGUGCAAGACGAACCACGUCUCUUUUUUUUCUCUCUUUACUUCUCUCUCUUUUAGCAUCAUUCACAUUGAAUCAGUGGUACUCAUUUUCUUUUUCAAUAAAGGCAAUAUUCAUUCAAAUAUAUGGGCGAAUCGUAAAAGACACGUGGUGUAGAAAGGUUAUAGUAAAAGAAUUGUAAGAUAGAGGGAGAGAUUCUCGAGUCAUUUCUCGUGGCACCGUACUGUUCCUAGUAGUUCUCCCUGCGUCGCUAGUGACCAAUUCUCCUUUGCCAAGCACAGUCUGGUGAGUUAUAAGACGACGCGCAUGCGCAAGAGCAAACUUAUACCGGUGGAAGUAGAGAAGCAUACGACGCGACCAUAACAGCGUAGACACACGGCAUAAGAAGAUCGUUCUUGCUGAAUAUGAGUGCGUCGCCUGUGUAGUUUUCUUAAUAUUCGACGAACUUAUAAAAGAGAUUGAGAGAAGAAAAAAGAGAUCAGUAUUGUAUUAAAUUAAGUGCGUGCGUGUGUAAAAACGAUUGAGGGCAUACGGUUAUUUUUAAUUUUUUAUUUUUUAUUCUUUUUUAAAUAUUUCACGACGUACAAAUGUCUCAUGCGUUUGAAGCGUGUCACGACGAAAAAAUUCUGUUCUUUAUUAAUUGCCUGAGUGAUAGUUCAUAAUUACGAUUGAGAUUCAUGUUAUUUUGAUUUAUUAUAAAAACGAAAAGAUAGAUUUGAUGAAUCAUUCAUAAAACCGGCAAAUGAGAAGAGUACUCGUAUUAUUUCAUCAUAGUUGAAAAUUUCGAUAGUAAUACAAAAUAAUAAUAACUUAAAAAAAAGUUAAAAAAUAAAGUGAAAGAUCUGAAAAAGAAAGAAUUACGUUGAGAAAUAAUUUGUGAGAGAAAGAGAGAGAAAAUAAAAGGUGGGACAACCAGUUUCCUCGUGUUUUUGUCUCCGCGCGGGCGAUUCAAGAUGGCGGCUAAGGUGGUCAGCAGCAGCGCCCAAGGAAGCGCUGAAAGAGAGGAGGUAGUAGUAACUUGUGUAUCCUAUGCUAGCGUAGUCAACCCCAAAGCAGCCUCUAACGAGGCUAAUAACGCUAGAGUAGUUUCCUCGGAUAAAGGAAACAAUAAAGAAAAUAUUGGAGGCCAAAUUGCAACUCAACAAUCUAAUGGAACUAAAGAGCACGUGGUCUCUCAAAAUUAUGUUGCCAAAGGUAAAUCUUAUCAAAGGACUGGAAGACGAUUUGCCUCAUCCACACAACCACAGCAAGCACAGCAACUUAGAGUAGAUAGAAGUCACAGAGAUGUACAAUUUGGUAAAAAUGUAUCGGACAAAAUUUCCACAGUUAAAGAAACCGAGAAACGGUCUCAAUCUCAAGCGGUUGAAUCUUCUACUGAACCAAAAUUAGAAGAAGAAAAAUUAAAUAAUGGAGAUAUUGGAAGCGAUGGAGAGUUUCAAACAGUUGCUCCUAAAAGUGCUAGGAGAAAAGAAAAAUUAAGAGAACAGCAGUUAAAGGAUCACAGAGAUCAUCAUCGACAUAAGGAUCACAGAAAAAGAUUGCGUGGACUUAGCGACUCGAGUAGAGAAAGAAUGACAAAGGACAAAGAACGAAUCGAUAGAAUUGGCACAGAACAUUCUAGUAACAAUAAAGAAAUUAAUAAAGAUAAGGACACUAAAGAAGAAAAUCAAGUUCAAAAUCCUGCUCCGAAGAAGUUCGUAGAGGCCCCUUUACCUAGAGUCAAUGCAUGGACUAAAAAGAAGCCUCUUCAGUCUUCCAUUCAGCAGCAGCCUGUAAUUACACCUAGUACUACAGACAAACCUGCUACGACAAAAGAGAAAAGAAUAUUACAACCUCAGCAACAACGUGUACAAGGAUUAACAGAAAAUGGAUCGUCAGUUCCUGCCGAAUCGUCGAAACCAGCGAUAAUUAAAGUUAGCAAAGAAAAGAAGAAAAUCAAUGCAAAGGCAAGCGAUUUUUCGGAUAUUUGUGAUUGGCCAACGUUGGGACCUCAAGACAAGAAAACAACUGUGACAGUACAGAAACAAAAUGGUGUUACUGAGACAAGUAAUACUAAAGAAAUUCCUAGCCAUCCUGUUGAGAAUAAAUCCAAAGAAAAUAAAGAACAGAACCAUUGUCAAGACGACAGUGAUGAACUAACGGACAACGGUAACGAUAAAAAAAGAAAGUUUAAUAAGCAGAAAUGGGUUCCUCUCGAAAUAGAUAUCGCAAAAAAUAGAGGGAAGAGGGAACGUUCACCAAGAUAUAAUCCAAGAGAUAGAUACAAUGAAGAUGGAGAAGGCUGGAGAGAUAAAGAUCAUGAUAGGUCAGGAUCCGGUAUUAGGGGUGGCCCAUAUGCAACACGAGGUGGUCGAAACUAUAGGAGUAGAGGGCGUGGUGGGCGUAAUGGAAUCACGCAUCGUCACAACUUUAGGCAUAGAUACGAUAACGAUUAUUCUAAUUAUGACGUAGAUUAUAUGAAAUAUGAGAAUCAAGAUUUAACUCAAGAUAAAUCGAGGUUUAUAGCACCGGCCUAUGUAGGAACGUUGUUUUACGAUAAUAGUAAUUAUAUUCAACCGGAUGCGUUGCUUUUACAAGAAUGUAUAAGAAAUCAAAUAGAAUACUACUUCAGCGAAGAGAAUCUAUUACGUGACAUUUUUUUGAGACGUAAAAUGGAUAAAGAUGGAUUCUUGCCCAUUGCAUUAGUAGCAUCCUUUCGUCGAAUUCAAAACAUGACGGAGGAUCUGAAUUUGGUGAUAGAAUCUAUUGCAAAUUCUGACAAAUUGGAAAUGGGUCCAGGAUUCAUGGUAAGAACCAAAAAGGAUCCAACAAAAUGGCCAUUAUUGGAUCCAACUUUUACCGAGUCUCAUAACGAAAAAAUAUUCGAUCCACUUCCAAAUUAUUCUGAAUAUGAAUUUUAUCCUUAUUCGAGAACGUUAACAUCGGUUUCGCGUGCACAGCCACCUCAUCGUACCUAUCGAUCUGCUGGUGGUUACCAAUCACAAUUGAUAAUAGGAAAAAUGAACGAAUAUGAAAAUAUCUUAUCAACUAUGGGUGGUGAUAGUCUUAAUCCGAAUGUGCCUGAAUUUGUACCCGUGGAUAUGACAAGUAAACUCGUUGCUAGUGAACAAAUAAAUCUAGAAGAAAUUGAUCAACCAACCAACUAUGAAAUGAUCGAUGAAGCGGUCGUUAAUCAAAUGGUCGAUGAAGAACCAUCAAAUUCUAUGCUUCUUGAAUCGUCAAGUAAUGAAUUGUCUCCGUUAUCAACUAACGAAUCAUCUAGUAGCAGCGAAUCGACGAUCACUAUGACUGAUAAAACGCAUACCGAGGAUUGCACUCAACAGAAAGAAGUACAAAUCAACAAUGAUAAAGUACAAAACAACGAUGAGGUGGUACAACACCACAACACUACAAUCAACAAUGAUGAGAAAGCAUCAUCAUCAUCAUCACCUUCCUCUAAAUCCGAGAACACUUGGAAAGAGGUUAAAAGACGAACAAAACAUUCGCAUAAAGAUGGAGUAAAAGGAUCUGAGGAAAAAGGAAAAAUUGGCAUUCGUAAAAAUGAGCAACGAGAGGAAUUAGAAUUUCAAUUUGAUGAAGAGUUGGAUACACCACCUCCAACUGGACGACACAAUGCUUUUUCGGAAUGGUCAGAGGAUGAAGAAGAAGAUAACGAAUUAUCGGACAGAGAUAUUAACAAACUGUUAAUAGUUACGCAAAUGACUGUUCCUAAUUCAUCUAGAUUACCUAAACAUGAAGGUUAUGAUCGUACCGGUGCUUGGACUACUAGAGUCAAAAUGACUCAAGAUCUCGAACAAGCAAUUAAUGAUGGAUUACGUUAUUACGAACAGGGUUUAUGGAAUCGAGAUGGUCAAUGGUAUGGAUCGUCAUCCUCUACUAAUAAUUACAAAACCGUCAAUGUAAUCAGUCAAGAGGACUUUGAAAAAAUGGCACCGAAACCUCCAAGAAAAGCCAAUCCUGAAGUUCCUCCACCUCCACCGUCUGCCGUUGAGGAGGAUGAUUUGGAUAUUUCACAGUCUCCUCCGAUUCAAGUUCCUACUACUUCGGAAAGUUCGAAUAAAAGAGAAAAAAUAGUUGAGAAAAAUUAUUGGAAUGAUCAAGCGAAAAAUGAUAUUAAUGAGGUACAGAUAAGACGAGGUACAGUUCCAAGAUUCUUUGCAGUAGUUAAAGAUGAAUCAUCGGUUGAUUUGAGAACACCACGUAAACGUAAGACUCGACACAGUAACAAUCCUCCCGUUGAACAUCACGUUGGUUGGAUAAUGGAUGUUAGGGAACAUCGUCCGCGUACUUACUCUACUGGAAGUAGCGCUGGAACGAGUCCUAGCGAAUCUUUUCUCGCUGGUAGUUACGGUAGUGUUCCUCAAUCUUUACCGACAUUCCAACAUCCAAGUCACGCUCUGCUAAAAGAAAAGGGAUUUACUCAACAGGUCUAUCAUAAAUAUCACUCGCGUUGUUUAAAAGAACGGAAAAGAUUAGGAAUUGGACAAUCUCAAGAAAUGAACACGCUCUUCCGCUUCUGGUCCUUCUUCUUGCGACAAAAUUUCAAUCGUGCCAUGUAUGAAGAAUUUAGAACCUUAGCAAAAGAAGAUGCCUUAGAAGGUUACCGUUAUGGACUCGARUGUCUAUUUCGAUUUUAUAGUUAUGGUCUGGAGAUCAAAUUCAGAUCUAUGUUGUAUCAAGAUUUUCAAUUGGAGACGAUAGAUGAUUACGAGCGUGGACAACUGUACGGUYUAGAGAAGUUCUGGGCUUUCUUGAAAUAUUAUAAAAAUUCUGCGAGUCUUUAUAUUGAUCCGCAAUUGCAAGAAUAUUUGUCCAAAUUCAAUAGCAUCGAAGACUUCAGAGUCGAAGAGCUUCAAAUUAACGAGAUGCAUCAAGGAUUUUCGAUAAAUGCUCAAUCAUUUGCAUCGAACAAA